UCGGUCUCCGCCUUUUUGCACGCUUCCUUGACUGCUGCCAUGUCCGGCUCAGAAAAAAGGGGCCGCCACACGCACACAGACAGGGACAGCCGAGCAGCCAAGGUCAUGGCACGCCGCGCCCCAGCGCUGCUUCUCUUGGCAGCUGCUUGCCUUCUCUAUGGCGCACUGAACGCUUUUGUGGCUGCAGGAACACAGGUGCCUCGAGCACCCGCGGUGUCCAUGAACUUCUUCCAGAAGGAGGAGCCGAAGCCCACGGAACCGCCGCCGGAAAGUGGCCCCUCCUUCGGUGAUGGCCCAAUCUUCGCGAUCGGCGCUGUGCUGAUCCUGCUGCCCUUCCUGAUCGCCGGGCCGGCGCCGGAGAACGCCAACGAGACGCUGGUGAGACAGGAAUCUGAGAGGGCUUCCUCUCCAUUCUGAUCGGCUCGCGCUCGCGCUGCGGGCGUUUGAUCCCACAGCGCUCGUUGAUGCGCUCGCGCCGUUUUGGGUGCCCGAUCGCAUAUCACGCCCCUGCCCAGCGGGUUCUAUUUGGCAUUGG